UUUUUUUUUCUUUUUUCUUUUUUUAACAAAAGUUUCCCUAACCCCGUGUUACUUAUAAAACAUAUAUAUUACCCUGUUCUUCGAUUCUGCAGGGUUUGGUGUUAGCUCCUGCCCCUGAAACUCGGGAUUAGAAAGUAUACGACAUCCGCAGGGUUACCGAAACGCCAUUUGUAUAACGGAUUGCUUGCUCCCUCCUGUCCCUCCGUCCGCCUAACCCCACUCCAGAAGCAGACAGCUACACAGCCGUCUCUAUCCCCGUUCCCCCGCUUCCAGCAUCCAGCUUUCACAACCACACGCCACGCCAGUAUGAAGGCUCUCGUCUAUAAAAGCGAAGGCGUCGUCGACAUCGAAGAGCGCCCGCAGCCAAGCAUCCAGUCGGCGACGGACGCAAUCGUCAAACUCAAGUACACCACUAUCUGCGGCACGGAUCUGCACAUCAUCAAGGGCCACGUGCAGUCCGCCACGCCAGGCCGUGUGCUGGGCCAUGAAGGCGUCGGCGUGAUCCACGAAGUCGGCUCGAGUGUCCAGGGCCUCGUGCCGGGCGACACCGUGCUCAUCUCGUGCAUUUCGGCCUGCAGCGUUUGUGGCUUUUGCCGGAAGGGGAUGCCCUCGCACUGCGUCUCGGGCGGGUGGGUGCUGGGCAACCAGAUCGACGGCACGCAGGCGGAGUUCGUGCGCAUCCCGCAUGCGUCAUCGUCGCUGUACAAGCUGCCCGCCACGGUCGACUUGACGGCCGCGGUCAUGCUGUCCGAUGCGCUCCCAACAGGAUUGGAGUGUGGGACGCUGGAUGGGAAAGUGUCGCCAGGCAGCACGGUGGUGAUCAUCGGAGCCGGCGCGGUGGGGAUGUCUGUCAUGAUGACAUCCCUGCUGUAUUCGCCGUCGUUGCUUGUGAUAGUGGAUUUGGAUGAUGGGAGGCUGUCGAUGGCGAAGCAACUAGGGGCGCAUGCGACGGUUAAUAGUCGGAACUCCGAGGAGGCGAUGGACAAGCUGUUGAAGAUGACGAAUGGAGAGGGGUUUGAUUGUGUUGUUGAGGCGGUGGGUACUCCUCACACCUUUCAGUUUUGCCAGAGUCUUGUUGCCCCUGGCGGUUCUAUUGCCAAUGUGGGCGUCCAUGGGACGAAGGUGGAGUUGUAUAUGGACGAGUUGUGGAAUCGGAACAUCUGUAUCACCACACGACUCGUGGACGCGGUCACCACGCCAAUGUUGUUGAAGCUUUUCACAGCGGGCAAAUUGGAUACCGCCAAGCUCAUAACGCACCGCUUCAAAUUUAAGGAUUGUACGCAGGCAUAUAAGAUAUUCGGUGCUGCGGCAGAGCAUAAUGCUCUGAGGGUUUUGCUGAGCAUGUGAGGGAGACCAAAAAAAAUCUCCUCCAUUCUUCCUGACCCAUCUUCUAUGCUUGAGAUUGAAAGUUUGUUCAGCUGAAGACAAUAGCGUAUGUGUAUUGGUACCAACGAAGGUAUGGAUGACAGGGUGUGACAUGAUGCAACAGGCUGAGUUUGUUGUUUAUUGUAUUGUUUUGAAUCAUUGUAACAAUUCAUUCACUUCUGUUUGUAUGUAUAGCUUUUAGUCAAUGGAGGUCCAGCAAAGAGAAGAAGACGAUAAAUUCAUAAGAAAUAAAAUGUCCUCCACCGGGCGCUGGGAGUUUAUAUACCC